AACAUUUGAAAUGGCGUCAAACGUUUAUUGAAAGAAGCAGCAAGCACACAAAACGGUACCAACAAUCGAAUAGGAAUAUAGUCGAAAGAUAAUGGAAUACAUAAGAAAAAAUCUGUGGAAAAAGGAAAAAACACGAAACAAACAUGGAAAGCAAUAUGUUGAUCUUUUUGAUGCUGAACUCACCCCCCAAGAUAAGUUUCAACUAGACGCACGCAUUGAAUCGUUGGGUGUACCUCCUUCUGGCAAAAAUGAUGAUGUAUCAAUGAGAGAAAGACGAAAAGGAAACCAGAUUGCUUGCGCCUUCACUGCACUGGACGUGUACAAUAAAAGUUUACGAUACGCAAAAGCCAAUUCGGUGCAUGUCGCUUUAAUAUAUGCAAAUAGAGCAUCGUGCUAUUAUCAAGCGGAAGAAUACCGCCUAGCGUUAGAGAACAUCAGUAUGGCAAAACGACAUGACAAAUUUCCAAGAGAUAUGCUGCCAAAACUUCUAGAAAUAGAAGAGUUUUGUAAAAACGCACCAUUGGAAGACAAACCAAGACCAACGCGAAAUUCCGAAUUGACUUACAUACCCCAUGAAAAACAUCCAUGUUUGGCCAAAGUAGUGAAAAUCGACAACACUGAUACAUACGGCCGAAAUGUAAUUGCAAGAUUUAAGCUAGAACCUAAAGAUAUCAUUUUAAUUGAAGAAGACUACAUAAAAACAAUUGAUCUUAAAAAUCUACGCGAAUGCGCGACGUGUUUCGCAGAAGAUAAAAGUUUUAUUGCAUGCGAUGGUUGUACAGAUGCAAUGUUUUGCAACAUAAACUGUCAGGCUCAAAACCAAAUACACAAAUGGGAAUGUAAUACCUUCAUAACACAGAUCAACUAUCAACUUAAGUUUAUCAUUCAUUCGAUUCUAUUGGCACUUCAAGCAUUCACAAAAGACGAACAAACAGACAUAGAUAAACUUAUGGAAUGUGUCGAAAAAAUGAAAAAGAAUAUCACCAAAUUACCAAAUUCAACUCUUGACCCACUAUCGAAGUACAUAUUCUAUUUUAAAUUAGCAACAAGUGCUCCAGAAAUGAAAUCCAGCGGUGAUUUUAGCGGUGCGAGUCUAGCUUAUGUCAUUUUUCAACUUCUGAUGAAAAUACCGAAAAUUUCGGAUCUCUUUGAAACGCUACCACAACUCCGUUUCCUCAUGCAUUUGAUCGUUCACCAUAAUCUUGUAAAUGACACUAAUUCAUUCGGUGGCAAUAAAACACAAAGCUUAGGCCUGGUUCAGUCAUUGUUCAAUCAUGCCUGUAAACCAAAUCUGGAUUCCAUCUUUAUUCAAAACAAACAUUUUUAUAUAGCGAAUGCAAGAAUAAAACCAGGUCAACAACUUUACAUAAGUUACAUUGAUUUGGAAGGCAAGCUUAACAGGGAACAGCGUAGAGCAUAUAUUCAGCGAAAUUGGGGCUUCGUUUGCGGGUGUGAAAUAUGUAAACCGAAGAAUUUAUCGUUAUCACAUAAAAUUAAUGAUCAACUCAAAAUGAUUUUAGCCAAUCGUUUUGAAACAAUAGAAAAUACACCUACAAUAGCUAUAGAAGCAAAAGAUACACACAAAAAUGAUGCAGCAACAGUUGUAAGUUCAACAAAAAAUACACCAGAACAGUUAACAAUAGCUACAAUGCAUGGACCAGAUGACAUAAUAGAAUAUCCAUCAGGUGCUUCAUCUUUAGAAAAUAUAGCAGAAAACAGAUCAGAAGAUACAUCUACACAAGAACUGGUUGAACGUGUAACAAUAGCUACAAUACAUACACCAGUUGUCACAAGACAAUAUCCACCAGGUGGUCCAUCUUUAGAAAGUAAAUCAGAAGUUACAACAGAACAUAUACAAGAAGACGUAAGUAUAUCAGCUGCUGAAUUUCCAGAAAAUCCAUCAGCGGAAAAUUUAUUCGAUGAAAAACCAGCCGAUAGUGCUGUUGAGGUUGAAAAUGCAGCCGAUAGCGCAUCAGAUGUCGAGGGUGAAAAUGCAGCUGAGGCUCAAAUGAACGUUUAUCAGGAAAAAUAUUAUACAAUUUAAAAAGGGCACAAGUAUGACAUUUAGAGCAAAGACGAAAAACAAAAUACAUAUAAUGAAGUAAAAUCUAUUCGCCUGAAUAAUUAAAAAUGACAACAAAAGCGAUAUAGAUUUUUCUAAGGCAUUCAAAUAUAAAUUCGA